AUGGUCAGGAACUUUGAGACCAUCAUGCACAAGCGGGUGCAUGUCAUAGAAACUGUGACCAAGCAGGAGGAGAUUGGGACUUGGAAGAAUGAAUUGCAACUUCAACAACACUUUGGAGGUACUGACCAGCCGGAAGCCAUUCGACAAGCCAGCUGCUACAUUUCCAACUGCGAGCAGUUUAAGGAAGCCUUUGUGAAGUGGAACAAAUGGACCGAAGCUUGGAACUUCCUCCUAGUGGAGAAGUUGGUCAGCAAGUCUGAGAAGGAAGUUUGGAAAGAAAUGGCCAUCAGUGUUGACAGCUCCUCAACCUUUGAGACAGAGGCCUGCAAGUGCAAGGCCAUUCGCAAGUACGCAUGCUACUACCAGAUCCCUGUCGAAAGCGUCAAGAUAGAAGAUGUUACAAAGUCCCCCCAUGGAAUCCAAGGAUGGUGUGAGAUGAAUGUUACAGUUCCCGGAAUCAACGACAAGGUGGACAGUAGCCAGCCAGCAGCCAAAGUGAAAGCCAAAGCAAAAGCCAAAGGCAAAGCAGCGAAACCUGGAGCUGAUGAACCAGAUGCUCAUGGUGAUGGGGCGCAGGAUCAGGAGGAGGGCAAGACUGGUCAGCGUGGACAGAAGAAAGGCAACAAAGUUAAGAAGGAGAUUACACCUGUGAAAGCCGCAGAAGACCGGUCAAAAGACAUCAUGGCACAGCUUCAGAAGAGCCAGCAGAUCAUGGACAAGGUCUCUGGGUCUGGAGAUCAAUUACCUAGUGAGUGGAAGUGGGCAAAACCUUUCCUCACUGAAUGGAUCCAGCUUCUCAAAACCUUUCAAGAUGCCCUGUUUCCUUCCGAUGGGGAAGACUUGCGUGACUUUGCUGAUGAGCUCAAGAUCGCGCUGAUCGACAAGACCGGGAUGCGAAGCUUCAAGAAGAAAUACGGUGACCAGUACGGAAACAUGAUGAUUCUGUUCGCUGAUCGCUGUGGUUCCAUUGGAGCUCAGAAACUCUGA